GUGUGAGACAUGUUGGCGACAUCCUGCUGGAGUACGUGCUGUGGGCCACGAGAGGGAAGAGCCUUGUUUCCAUAGUUUCAUCCUUCACCUCCUCAGAGGGUUGUGAUGUCACAGCUGCUGCUGCUCCUCCUCCUCCUCCUCUCCCCCUUGUUUUAACUGUUGUCAGCGAUGAGUCACCAGCUCAACACCUCAGUGGUUCUUCCUCUGACGUUCAGAAGCUUCGCCCGGGCUGCAAGGUGGUAUCUCCUGACAGACUCUGGAACCAUCUUAGCUACUGGAAGGAAUCGAGCGUGAACAGUGAUCCGACAUGUUACAGGAGUGAGGUCGAGCAGGGGCGCUACCUUCACCUCCCUCACAUCCCUACUCCUCCACCGACCUGAGCAGGGAAAUCAGCUCAGGCAGCAUAACACACUGUGAUAACCAGAGGCAUGAUGGGAGUCCCUGCCCUCUGGGCCGUGCUGCUAACUUUCAUCUGUCACAGCCGCGGCCUGGAAAUACAAAGCCCCCGGUAUUGGUCCAAAAGGUCUCAGGAAAACAUCUUGUUGGAUCCCAGCGGCUGUGCGUCCAGGUCCAAGCAGCAGCAGGUGAUAACAAACCCUCACAACUUCUCUGUGGACAUCCGGAUGCCUGGUGUGAUCCCGGCCGGGUCGGACACUUACCUCUGCAUGGCGUUUCCUGUGCCAACUAGUCGAGAUGCAUAUAUCGUGGACUUCAUACCUCAUGCCAGUAUGGACACAGUCCAUCACAUGCUGCUGUUUGGCUGUCAGACUCCCGUCUCCAGAAGCAGCUACUGGGACUGUGGCAGCGUACAAGGCACGUGUGAGGAUGAAGCCUCCAUCAUGUACGCCUGGGCUCGGAACGCACCUCCUACCAAACUACCCAAAGAUGUUGGUUUUAAAGUUGGAAGGAAUUCAGGAAUGUCUUACUUCGUGCUGCAGAUCCAUUACGGAGAUGUCAGUGCUUUCAGGGACCAUCACAGAGACUGCUCAGGACUCUCCUUAAGAAUGACAUCCAAGCCGCAGCCUUUCAUCGCAGGAAUAUACCUGCUCAUGUCCGUGGAUACAGUCAUCCUGCCCGGGAAAACAGUUACAAACGCAGACGUCGCCUGUGAUUACUCGUCAUAUCCCAUCUACCCGUUCGCCUUCAGGACCCACACACAUCACCUCGGUAAAGUGGUCAGCGGCUACAGGAUCCGAAACGGAAAGUGGAGCCUGAUUGGACGACAGUCCCCACAGUUACCACAGGCGUUUUAUCCUGCUCACGAGGAGCUGGACGUGAAGUACGGUGACACCGUCGCUGCCAGAUGUGUUUUUACUGGUGAGGGCAGAACCUCCAAAACCUACAUCGGAGGCACCUCUGAUGAUGAAAUGUGCAACUUCUAUAUAAUGUUCUACAUGGACAGCAAACAUGCCAUCCCCUACAUGAACUGCAUGGAGACGGGCUCCAAAGAUCUGUUUCAACAUAUUCCUGCUGAGGCCAAUGUUCCCAUCGCUGUCGACCCAGAUCACAUGAUGAUGCAUAUGGGAAAAUCAACGAGUACGCACGAUGAUCAAGAUGACAGAUCUGUGUUGGAUGCAAACAAAGCAGUGCAGACUCUGGAUCAGGGUGACCUCUAUUCUCUUAUGUCCAAGCUGCUAGGCCAGAGUAACGACAUAGUUCACAUUCAUAAGUUCAACCCCAACGAGAUGCAGAGAGCCCAGGCGGAGCUGGUGGCUGAGAUUGAUAGCUUAAUGCAAAAGAAAGGCCUGGGCUCUCCCAGUGCCACACUAGCCUUCCAACCCAGGGAGGACCCUGUUUUGGUGAGGGACAGAGUCCACAGGUUCCACCAGCUUGAGGCCACGGCCAAGUCCCCAAGAAGCCAGCUGGUAGCUGAAGGACAAGAUCAUUUGGAGCUUGUGUCGACGUGGCCUCAGAGUUCUCUCCAGCUCGGUCAAGUGUCAGGACUCGCCCUCGACUCCGAUUCUAAUUUGGUCAUUUUCCACAGAGGGGACCACCACUGGGGGGCAGACUCCUUCAACAGCCAGGCCAGAUACCAGCACAGGUCCCUGGGUCCCAUCCAGCAGUCCACCAUUUUGGUUGUGGAUCCAGUCAAAGGCAACAUCCUGAAGGCUUCAGGCAGAAACAUGUUUUAUAUGCCUCAUGGAAUAACGACAGACAAAGAAAAUAACUACUGGGUCACUGACGUGGCUCUUCAUCAGGUGUUAAAGGUGAGCGGUGACGGCGGAGACAGAACGUUGCUGACGCUAGGAGAAGCAUUCAAACCAGGAAGUGACAGCAGCCACUUCUGUCAGCCCACUGACGUCGCUGUGGACACGGACACAGGAAACAUCUUCGUGUCUGACGGAUACUGUAACUCCAGGAUACUGAAGUUCUCCUCUGACGGCAAAUACCUGUCUGAGUGGAGCGCAGGUUCGUCCGACAGGAGGAGGCGCUUGCCGUUCCGGGUUCCUCACAGUCUGGUGUUCCUUCCUGACAGACGGGAGGUUUGUGUUGCUGACAGAGAGAACGGACGUAUUCAGUGUUUCAUCGCUGAAACAGGAGAGUUUGUUAAAGAAAUAAAGAAGGAGGAGUUUGGAGGGGAAGUGUUUGCCAUCAACUACAGUCCUGCAGGAGAUGGCUUGAUCUUUGCAGUAAAUGGAGAAUCUCCGUAUCGCUCGGCUCCACUCAGAGGUUUUGUCAUAAAUUAUUCAACCAAGGAUAUUUUGGACACGUUCAGCCCCAAGACACAGGAGUUUAUGAUGCCUCAUGACAUCGUUCAAACCAGAGACGGCAGCGUGUUUGUCGGAGACGCAGGCAGUAAUUCAGUCUUCAAGUUUACCAGUGAGAAGUUCCACCGCUCUGUGAAGAAAGCUGGCAUCGAGGUUCAGGAGCUCGAAGAAAUGGAGACGUUUGUUCAAACUAAACUGAGGCCUGAACACAACACGUCGAAGACGACGGUCGUCAAGGAGAAGCAAAGUGUCGCUCUGCAGCCUGAAGCACAGAAAGAGACGGAGGAGGAGGAGAAGAAGAGAGUGUUGAAAACAAAGGGAGGCGAGGGGGUUCUCCCCGCCGUCAUCACCACGCUGCUGCUCGUCCCGCUGCUGCUCGUCUUAUCCACCGGUGUCUUCAUCUGCUGGAGGAGAAACCAUCGCUCUGAGCUGAAGAGUGAGCCCAGCUCUGUGGGAGGGAUCCUGGGGAAAAUAAGAGGUAAAGCAGUCGGCGGUCUGAAUCUGGGGAACUUCUUUGCGUCCCAUAAGGGUUACAGUCGUCAGGGCUUCGACCAGCUGAGCACCGAAGGCAGCGACCAGGAGCGGAACGAGGAGGACAGCAGCGACUCCGAGAACGAGGAGUACUCCGCUCUGCCACCGCCUCAGUCCUCGUCUUAGACGCUCCGCCACCCGACGACAACCUUCUGCUUACAUUGCCAAGAUGUAUGUUAUUCAUCAAGUGUAACUGUUGUGUUAGCUGCCAAUCUUAUUGUUUCUAUAUUGAAAUCUAUAUACUGUAAAUACAGAUAAUUUGACAUGA